AUGGGUGAGGAACUGCUGCUGCAGCUUCUUCUUCUGCACUUCAGAGCUCAGACUGACCCAAACCCUGAUCACCGCAGGUCUGAAGCUCUAACGUCCUCAAGCUGCGGCCCAGUGAGCAGAGACCCGCUGGAUGGUGAUCCACUCUCCUUCCCAAACUCACAUAAUGCUGAAAAAGUCAUAGUGCUGCAUGGAGAUGAUCAGGAGAACAAACACCCAGACGCUGAGGACCCAGGGAGGAUCCACGUGGUUCCGAUCCACCACCGUCUGGACCUGCUGGUUCCCUGCGCAGACCUGGUCAACUCUGAAUGGCAGAGGAGCCAGGCAGCCCGGGUCCACUCCCUGCAGAAGUCCUGCUCAGAGUUCCCUGUCUGCCUGAUUCUCCUGACGGGUUCCAGAGGGCCACAGGAGAGGCUCCUGGGACACGCCCGCCUUUCCCGGGUCGUGGGUCACAGCAGCAGCCUGUUUGUGGAGUCAGUAGUCGUGUCCAAACAGGAGCGGGGGAAGGGUUAUGGACGGAUUCUGAUGGAGGAGACUGAGCUCUACGCUAAACGCAGAGGCUUCAAGCGUCUCUGCCUGACGACUCACGACAAGCAGCACUUCUACGCCCACCUUGGCUAUGUCCUCUCCACGCCGGUGCAGAGCGCUGGGGCUGUGAUGGCGCUCCUUCCUGAGGGGAUGCUGCAGAGACUUUCCAGAGCGGCAAACAAGGAGACAAACCCUGGAGGACAAACUCUGACAAAAAUAGAAAACUCAGAAGGUGCUCCCGUUUUAGGGUCACCUCCACCUUCUAGUUUACAACUCCCUCCUCCCCCACCUCCUCCUUCCUCCAUCCCAACCCCACCUCCUCCUCCUCCCCUUCUGUCUGCAGGACAGCCUUUAGUUCAGACUUUAACAGAAACUCCCUACAGAGACGCCAGAGGAGCUCCCAUCUUCUGGAUGCACAAGGACAUUUGAUGAGCAGCCAUUCCUGGACUCUGAUGAACACGAUGAGAGAGACGUGUUCCUGUCAGGCACACAGGGAGAGCCGAGCCUGUUUUAGGAAAACAAAGCACCUCUCACACACUGCUGACUUUAAAGAUCUAAAACCACUGAAUGGACAAAACUCCAAUAAAGAGACGGAAAAACUGAAAGUUUCUGCUUUUAUUCCAGUGGACAGAUUUGUCCUGCAGGCCCCUGUUCUUCCCAAGGAAGUUGUGUUCUUAUCAAGUACAUCUGCAAAAUGGCAGUAAUAUUAUGCACCUGCAUUUAUUAAAUAUAUGAAUAUAAGCAACAUUUUUAAGAAUAUCUGAAAGAGGUGAUUUCACUUUCACAGUUUAAGAACACCCCAC